UGACAGGAGGGCAGACUAAGUGUAUGUGUAUGUGUGUGAGAAAAAAAAAGAGAAAGAGUUGAUGUGGGAAUGAGGGAAAGAGGGAGUGUGUCCGUGAGAGAGGGUGUGUGUGAGGAGAGAGAGAGGAGAGUACUCCCAGCGCAGUCUGGUCAGUGGUUCUGUCUCCUUCUUGCUCUGUGGAUUACAGCUGCCACUGCUUACUGGAUUCCCCUUCUCAUUACUGGAAACUACCACUGAACCAGCAUAGAGGAUUUUUAUUGGAGUAUUAGAAGUUUUGACAGCAGUUGGUUUAAUACAAGUGUUACAAGUGUUAAGUGUUGGAUUUUUGCACUUAUUUCAAAGUGUUCAUUAGAGUGUUCAUUAGAGUCUGGAGAUGAAUGGUCGUUCCUUGCCGCCCUCUAUACCUGAGGAUAGGGAGGCCCUGGACCAUUUUCCUCAUGAGGAGAUGAACGGUUACCACCAGAGGCUUCAGGGUGGGGAUGUGGGAGAGGCUGAAGUCCCGGUAUCCAAGUCCCAGAGGAGGAAGAGCGAUGUUAAAGUCUAUAAGGAGUUUUGUGAUUUUUACGCUCGCUUCAACAUGGCCAAUGCUCUGGCCAAUGCCAUGUGUGAGCGCUGCAAGAGUGGCUUUGCCCCGGCAGAGAAGAUAGUGAACAGUAAUGGGGAACUUUACCACGAGCAGUGCUUUGUGUGCGCCCAGUGUUUCCAACAGUUCCCAGAGGGACUCUUCUAUGAGUUUGAAGGCAGGAAAUACUGUGAACAUGACUUCCAGAUGCUGUUUGCUCCCUGCUGCCACCAGUGUGGUGAGUUCAUCAUCGGCCGUGUGAUCAAGGCCAUGAACAACAGCUGGCAUCCGGACUGUUUCUGCUGUGAUAUCUGCCAGGCCGUGUUAGCCGAUGUUGGUUUUGUGAAGAAUGCUGGAAGGCAUCUGUGUCGUCCAUGCCACAACAGAGAGAAAGCUCGGGGCCUUGGCAAGUACAUCUGCCAGAAGUGUCACGCUAUCAUUGACGAGCAGCCUCUGCUGUUCAAGAAUGACCCCUACCACCCUGAUCACUUCAACUGCAACAACUGCGGUAAGGAGCUAACUGCUGAUGCCAGGGAGCUGAAGGGGGAGCUCUACUGUCUGCCCUGCCAUGACAAGAUGGGUGUCCCGAUCUGCGGGGCCUGUAGGAGACCCAUCGAGGGCCGUGUGGUCAAUGCCAUGGGCAAGCAGUGGCAUGUGGAGCAUUUUGUGUGUGCUAAGUGUGAGAAACCCUUCCUGGGACACCGUCACUACGAGCGCAAGGGCCUGGCCUACUGUGAAACGCACUACAACCAGCUGUUUGGAGAUGUUUGCUACCACUGCAACCGUGUUAUUGAAGGAGAUGUGGUGUCUGCUCUUAACAAGGCUUGGUGUGUCAACUGUUUUGCCUGCUCUACCUGCAACACCAAGCUCACCCUCAAGAACAAGUUUGUGGAGUUUGACAUGAAGCCAGUAUGCAAGAAGUGCUAUGAGAAAUUCCCUCUGGAGCUGAAGAAGAGACUGAAGAAGCUCUCUGAAACUGUUGCACGGAAGUAAACAUACAUUCGAGCCGCAGUAGGGAGGGAAAGAUGAGACUGUGAGGUGGUCACAUUUCCAGAAUUGACAAUCAUAUUAGAUAUAAUUAAUCUGUUUUAUAUUGUUGUUAUUUUAAAUUUAGGUUUGUUAUUUCAGUGGAACACUCCACUAUUUGUCCUUUCAGUUGCAGCUGCUAAGCACUGAGGAUCAUUUCAAGAGCCUGAAACUGACUGAUUGUUGGUCAUUCAAUUGGUGGGUUCAACUUUAACCUGUUUUGAUCCUUUUGGCUCAAAUACUGCACUGUACAUUUUUCAUAUGCUUGCCUUAUUUCACUGCGAUGGCCUUCAUUAAUAAAAUUAAAAAAAAAUAUAUAUAUAUAUAUAUACAGUAUAAACAGAAACAUACACAAUGAUGGUCCUGUAUUUAAUAAUAACAUGAGCUUUAAGAGAACAUUGAAACAUGGGGAUAAUAUAAUUACUUACAAGCUGUGUUGACAGUUUGAUUAACUGUUUGCCAACUUGUGUCUUGAUGCCAAAAAACUGUUUCCUGUUUGACUUAUGUUACUGAUACUCUUUUAUAAUAGAGUAAACCCAGACAAAGCGAUAAAAAAUGCAGGUGUACUGAAUGUGUAUAUAAUAUCUCUUCCACCAACAUGUAUUAUUUUAUGUAUUACUAAUGUAUUUUCUGUAAUGUUAUGCAAAUCAAGUUUGUGUUUUAUAAAAUUAGAUUUUUUUUUCCCCAUAAACUGUUGACGUCAUACUGUAGCCUCCUUAAUACUACAGUGAUGGACUCAGCCAUCACCUGCAGUAUGUUGGGUUGCCUUGCUACAUACUAUGCAUUUUAUGUGUGAAACAAUCUCUAAAAUUGGUAUUUACACUGAGUUACCAGUUCAUUAGCUUCACUUGUACAUUCUAAAAUAAUCCAGUAUAACCUCCCGGGAAUAAAUCACAAGUUAAUAAUGAUCAGUUUUUGUCUACCCCCAUUUACAGUAAAUACACAAGGGUGACAGAAUAGCUGAAACACCUUUAAAAGUAAUGCAGAGUCAACACCUCUGACAUGCUGCCAGCAAAUACUGAACGCCCUAACGUCACAGUGACAGCUUUUACUGCAUGACAAGUGGUUACUGUGUGUGUGUUAAAACAUGAUGGCUUGUGGCAUGUGCAGAGACCGGAUGUUGGAGUAAUGUUAGAUGUUAUAACGUGUCUCUGUUUGCUUGUAAUCCAGAGAAAGUGAUCCUCUUAGGGAGGUGUACUGACUUCCUCAGGGCUCAGACCCUCUUAGGGAAAAAAAAGCAAGUGUUGUGAAUGGGAAAGAAUAAUUUCUGUUUUCACAAAGUUUCACUCGAGUAAUAUUUUAUCACAGAAACCUCAUCUAAUGCAUAGCAGUUUGAUAGAAAGACACAUUCCACUAUUUUAUGGAAAUACAAAGCCUAUGUUACUGUUGUGAAUUUCACUGCCUAAGCCACAACAUUUCUCAUAUGUCAUGUAGAAGUAAAACUAUCCAUUGGACUUUGUUGUGAAGCAGAAUUUCAGCUCCACUAAAAAUAGUCCAGCAGAUAGUUGCAUUUGAUAUCUUACUACCUGGAUGAAUGAGAUGACUCUACUGCUCUUAUAUUGUAUUUUAUCUUCACAAUGCUUGUCAAGAGACAAUAUUUCUCCAUGUAACCACACCAAAGUGCAUGCUCUAUACUUGAAUGGAAAGUUAUUUUUCAGUAUAUCUAAGAUAAUUCUGUCAAUUCAUCAGAAUAAACUUGUACAUCAAUGCUA